UUUAACUUUGAGCACCUGCACAGCCCUGGAUUUGAAAAUAAGGACAUAAGUUGAACAGAAGAAAGUAGAGAUAAGUAGCCAACUAGUGUCCUCCUGUCCUUUUCCUCCCUUUGAGUCAACAGCCGCCACUAAUAAACACUGAUAUUGAAAGUAAAGGUACUACGAAGCAGAAUGCAGGAACUUUGAGGUAAUAGAGAAAAAGGCAGCAAUAGAGAGAGCUGCAGGUUCACAAUACUCCUAAGCUCGUAGGCCAUUCAGCUGCAGUCAGCCAGAGAUAUUUUUUGUGUAAUCUGACCCACCGGCCUACAUAGACACUUCUGGGCCCUACCAGCAUGGUGGGGUAGCGUCACAGCCUCAUGCCCCCUUUUUUAGCCAGCAUGACACCCGGCCCGCGAACGACCCCCUCCUCACAGAUUCACAUGGCGGCCGAGUAUCUGCGGGGUGGGGCUGGAUCUUGGGACUGUUUUGGAGCAAAACUGACUGUAGCGCUACGUGUCGGACUGUAAAAACAGAAACAAUGGACAGGAAACUUAAUCUGAAUCGAGCUGAGACGUUCUCCUUCGUCAACCCCUGGAUCAGAUAUUUUCUUUUCUUCUUCAGCUUCUUAUUUUGGGUUUUCUCCUUGUUGAUUGUUGCGAUGGGGGUGUACGCUAAAGUCCAGAAAGCUACAGACACGGUGCGGGACACAUUCCUGAUCGACCCGGCUGUCAUCCUAAUUGUGGUGGGGGUGGUCAUGUUCUUCAUCACUUUCUGUGGUUGCAUCGGAGCCCUCAGAGAGAACAUUCGCCUCCUCAAAACAUUCUCCUUCAGCCUGACACUGGUCUUCCUCACCCAGCUGGCCAUAGCAAUCCUGGGCUUCUUCUACUCUGAUCAGACUCGUGAUGCUUUGGGAAAGUUUGUGAAGAAAGCCAUUGUGCACUACAGGGACGACCUGGAUCUGCAGAACCUGAUGGAUUACAUCCAGAAAGAGUUCAAGUGUUGUGGGUGGAACAACUACACGGACUGGUCUUGGAACUUGUACUUUAAUUGUACACAUGAGAACCCCAGCUCUGAACGCUGUGCUGUACCUUACUCUUGCUGCACUCCUGUUCCCGGAGAGGCAGUUAUCAACACCAUGUGCGGUUUUGGGGUUCAAACCCAGAACUUCCUGGAAGCAAAUAAGUCAAUCUACCCGGUAGGCUGUGCAGACAAAGCGGUGAUGUGGAUCGAGUCUCAUCUGUUACUGGUGGGGGCUCUAGCCCUGGGUCUGGCCCUGCCUCAGAUUGCAGGCAUCGUGCUGUCCCAGAUCCUGAUCUCUCAGAUCCAAGAUGAGAUUACCUCCGUAUUGUGAGCGUGGGCCGACACAGGGGAAGAGGAAGGAAGAAAAGAACUUACAGUACUCUGCUCAACUCCUCUGACACAUGCAAGGACAUCUUUUCUACUGCUACUGUAUCACUGCGACGUUUCUUAUUCUUAACGUGGUGUUGCCUACGGGGCUUACAAGUGUGGUGCACUUUAUUGUGUUACUCAAAUAGUGAUCACAUGCAAAGUACAAAAUGUAUAUUUAUUGGUUUUGAACAUGGUUUUUUGUAUUGAUAUUGACAUGAAGAUUUUAUCUCUGAAAAGUAUUUAUAUUUAAAUGUGAUAUGUUUGCUAAUAAAAUUCAUUUGAUGAAGUUCUGUUAUCAUGAGAAGAAAGUUACAUUGACAAAUCUGAUUCCAGUUGUCAGAUUCGUUAACUAAAAUAAUCAAAUCAUAUAAAGCCUGUGUUUAGGUAUCAUCGUUUAAGGUUAUUUAUCAUUGACAACAUGAGGUUAAUAUUGGCUCAUAA